AUGGAUAUCAUAGAUUUUAAUAAACCAAACACUGUCAAGAAGGUGAAAGUUGUCAAGAAGGUUGUUACUUAAGCACCUGUAGUCAAUAAAUAAUAAUAGAAUAAAGACUAUUACAAUAAGGCAUUAGAAAGAAUCAUUCAAUUAUUAAAGGAAAACAACCCAUCCUUAGCCACUCAGACUAACAUUUAGCUUGAAAAACCCUAGAUUGAUAAAUUGGGAACGAAGAAAACUUUGUGGAAGAACUUUGACGCCAUUUGUGUGUAAAUGAAUAGGUAUUUUCUUAUAGAAUUGGGUACUGAAGGAUCAUAAGCAGACGAGAAAUUGAUUAUCAAAGGAAGGUACACAAGUACUUAAAUCGAAACACUCAUUAAAAAAUAUUUGUAUGAGUACGUCUUGUGUUCAUUGUGCAAAAGUUCAGAUACUACAUUAAUCAGGGAUGUCGAGUCAAGACUCUACAGUAAAGAAUGCAAAAAUUGUAAGGCCACAAAAACAGUUGCGACACUCAAGAUAUCAAAUAAGAGAUAAAAAUGAUUAUUAAUUGCAUGUUAUUAUUAUUAUUUUAUCAAUAUGGUCUAAAAA